CUUUUUGCACCCGAGAAAGGUACCGCUCUUGCUUUCCAAAUUCCCGAUCUGAUUGAUUUUGCUUGUAGAUCCAUUGUUGCAGUUCGAUCCUCCAUUCUUGAGCUUGAGAAUUUCUAGAUUUGAUUGCGAGAAGGCAUGUCAAGGAGAGCAGUGAAUCCCUCUCGGCGACUUGCCGACGGUGGAAGUCUUCCAUUUGUUGGGGUAUUCCCGCAAAAGUCACGAACUUCGCCAUUAUUAUCGGUUGGACUCGUCGUUUUGGGCGGCUUUCUUCUGAUUGCCUAUUCCUUUGCUGGUUCAGGUGGACUUGGCAGUGUGAGAGUAGCUUCCAAUAGUGGUGAAGGUCUUUUAUGCACAUCAGAAGUUCAACAAGCAAUUCCCUUUCUGAAGAAAGCAUAUGUUGAUAGCAUGCAGAAAGUUUUACAUGUUGGACCAGACACAUGUUCGGUGGUUUCUAAUUUGUUGAAAGAAGAUGGCAUUGAAGCCUGGGGUGUUGAACCAUAUGAUUUAGAGGAUGCUGAUGCUACCUGCAAGAACCUUGUCCGCAAGGGAGUUGUACGUGUAGCUGAUAUCAAGUUUCCCUUACCCUAUAAGUCCAAGUCAUUUUCUCUGGUCAUAGUUUCUGAUGCUUUGGAUUAUUUGUCACCAAAGUACCUAAAUAAGACCCUUCCAGAUCUGGCAAGGGUAUCGGCAGAUGGUCUGGUUAUCUUUGCAGGGUUUCCAGGUCAACGGAGAGCUAAACUUUCUGAGUUGUCAAAGUUUGGAAAGCCGGCGAAAUUAAGGAGCUCGUCCUGGUGGAUAAGAUAUUUUGUUCAGACUGGUUUGGAGGAGAAUGAAGCUGCCAUGAAAAAAUUUGAGCAGGCUGCCAACAAGAAUUCUUACAAACCAAGCUGCCAAGUAUUUCACCUCACCUCAUCACAAUGAUCUGGCCAUCUCCUGGUUCAUUUAAUGUU